AUGGAAGCCCAGCGGCCACGCGUGGAGAUCGACUACUCUUUCCUCAAGACCGACGGCACGCGGGCCACUGAGGGAGAAGCUGCGGAGGUUAUAUUGAGUGCGUGGGACGAGUCCACGGGAAUGGCAACGGCGGCCUCUUUGCCAGCCAAGAACCACGACCUUGGGUAUGUGUGCCGGUGGCUUGGCGAGUUCAUCGCCAACUUGGGCCAUGUGAAGGUGACGAUCCGGACUGACGGCGAGCCAGCGAUCCUCAACAUUGCCCGCAGGCUGGCCGACACCCUCAGGAGCGACACAAUGGUCGGGGCCAAAGGGAUCCGGGCCACCUUGGAGACGGCAUUUAGGUACUCAAGCCAAUCAAUGGGCGGCGUGGGCUCCUUCCAGCACACCUUGAAGACAGAUGUGCUGACCCUAAGGUACGACGUCGAGAGCCGUUACAACUUUGCUUUGAAUCCGGGCCACAACCUUUGGCCUUGGAUGGUGCGGUGGGCCAGCUUCAUCCGGAGCCGCUUCGGGGUGAAGGCCAACGGGCGCACGGCCUACCAGGACGCCUUCGACACAACCUUCACCGGGGAUAUCCUCCCUUUCGGCGAGACGGCUAUGUUCAGGAUGCCAGCAAGCAAGACAGGAGCGGUGCAAGGGAGAAAGCGGAUCUUGAAAGGAGACAGCCUGUGGCGCCAAGGGAUUUUCCUGUCCCUCCGGCGACUUCCUCCAGGACAGCGUGCCGGGAAAGAGCUCAUGGCAGGACCACGGCGACUUUCUACCACCACGGGCGGCCGGGAAGCCUUGGCAGCCGGGGAGACACCAGAGCACACCGCGAGCCAAAGGGGAGCAGACCUUGCUGUUCCACCAACGCCGGGCGAUGUGCCGGGCACACCGCCGGUGAGGGCGGCAACACCGAAGUCCCAGACAGACCGAGCAGAAGGAGCACAGACAGACCAGACAGAAGGAUCACAGACAGACCGGGCAGAAGGACCACAGACCAGACAGACUCCGUUGAAGUUGCCGGCAGCCAAGCAUGGACGCAAGGAGCGCGACGUGGCGGAGAAGGAACGCAGGGACACCGAGGAUGCCAAGAUCAGAGCAGAGUCUGUCUCGACAGGUUCUGGAGUUAAGCGUGUCCCAGCCGAGGCCGUGGAAGAGCUCGAGGAGCACGAGGUGGGCCAGCCGGACAUCGAGGACGACUGGGCCGAGGACGAUGAGGAGGAGCUGGACACCGACGCGGCAGAGUACGAGCAGGAGGUGCGAGAGGGCAAGAACAAGGAGCUCAGCAAGAUGGACAAGUACGACACCUACGAGCCCCGGCCGGCAUCUGAAGCAGAAGGCAAGAAGAUCCUCGACAGCACUUGGGUCGUGACUCGCCGGCCGACGGGGGAAGUGAAGUGCCGCUAUUGCUUGAGAGACCUGAAGCGGGGCAAGAAGCGUGAUGAUGUUUUCGCGGUUGCCUCCUCCCAGGCGACGGCGCGAGUGAUCGACACCGUGGGGGUCAAGAAGGGCUAUGUGUUCUUCACUGCCGACGCGGAGAAUGCUUACUGGCAGGUGCCCAUCAAAGAGGAGGUCUUUUUGUGGCCCCCGACCGAGUGGAUCGAGCAGCGCCGGGCCCAAGGACUUCCGUGUGACGGGCUAGUUUGGAAAUUGAAGAAGGAAUGGUAUGGCCGGCAGAUCGCCGGGCAAAGCUUCGUGGAUUGGGCAGCCCAGCAAGCUGGAACCGAAGGGUUCGACAGGUGCGCGGCAGCACCCUGGUUCUUCUACAAUGCGGCCAGGGAUGCAAGCAUGGAAGUUCACAUGGACGACUUCUACAGCACAGCCCCCGAGCGCGAGGCGACAGAGUUCCUGGAAAGCCUGAGCAAGAAGAUUGUGAUGAAGUACAAAAUUCACCGCCCAGGGGACACCUUCGAGCACCUCAAGCGCAUCAGGACGGUCCACGAGGAUGGCAUGAUGGUGAAAGCCAACCCGAAGUACCUGCAGGCCCAGACCAAGGACCUUAAGCCGGACGUUUUCCUCGACGAGCAGAAAGCGUUUGAGUACAGGAGUUGCGUGGGGAAGGCCUUGUACCUUUCCUUCGACAGGCCAGACUGCCAACACGCAGUGCGCGAGCUCACCAAGCACAUGAAGCAGCCGACGGCCGAGGCGAUGAACUCCUUAAGGCGCCUGGCCCGUUACUUGAAGGGGACCUGCGACAUGGGUGGAGUUUUCAUGGUGGGCGGCUGCUUGGUUGGCAGCUACAGCCGGGGCUUGGCAAUGAUCUGCCUCAGCUCUGGCGAGGCCGAGUUCAACGGCGGGGUCAUGGCGACGAGCGAGGGCAUCUUCUACAAGGAGGGCGUGGGGAAGAUACGCCACCUGGAGACCAAGGCACUUUGGGUGCAGCAGGGCCUGAAGGAAAAAAAGUUCAGCUUGCAUGCCAUCUCCACCGAGACGAACCCCAGCGACAUCCACACCAAAAGCAUGGCAGCGGCGAGGUUCGAGAUCCUUCGCAAGUUGCUGGGGGUGAUCAACGACGAGGCGGUUGAGAAGGCAGCAAGGGCAACCCUUCUUUGUGGGAUGCUGGUUGGAAGCGUUCGGAACCGAGUGCCCAGAACAGCUGGCGGCGGCACCCUGGCAGCCAUUCUGUUGGCAGCUGGGACUGGCACGGCACAUGGACAGGGCCUCCAGCCAGGGGGGGCCGGGAACAUCAAGCUGUACCUGAGCGCGGACCUCGAUUACACCAAGGUGAUCCUGACGGCCCUCUGUUGCAUCAUCGGGAGCAUUGUGCUUUUGCUCUGGUGGUGGUGCAAGCCUAAGAAGAAGAAGAAAGUCGGGGUGUAUGAAGACGUGUACCCCGUGGCCCAGAUCGAGGGGCCCUACAUCUUGCGCACCGGGAGCCGAAUGCACACUUUGUCAAGUUGCCCACACGUACAGGGGCGACCAGUGCGAACUUUUCCGAUCUGCGAGUAUUGCCACAGGCAUACGGUGCAGAAGUAUGAGAAAAUCGACUGA